AUGGAGGAGGGCGGCCUCGAGAGCCGGGCUGGUCCGAGGAGCACAACAGAAAUGACAGAGACAGAGAGAGAAGAGACACGUGACUACGGCGCCCGGAGGGUCCCAGCGCAUGCGCGGCUUCCGGGGCAGCAGGGGCGCCUGCAGCAGGGCCGCCACCAGGGUUCCCCCGGCCCCGUGGUGCCCCCAGCAUGGCCCUCUCGGCGCCCCCGGGGCGAGGCGGCUUUGCCACAGUUGCUGGCCUUCAGAAUGGGUCUCACCCUGGAAGAAAUGACCGAGGAGAUAUUUAACCAGAGAAAAUAA